AUGGCGAAGUCUUUCUCCCUUAAUGUUCUCUCCCUUCUCUUCCUCUUCUUCUCUCUCUCCUCCGCCUCCGUCCCCCUCAACAUCAUCUGCGAGGCCUGCAAGGCAUCACCCGACCGCCCAAAUUGUGUGAAAUGGUUGUCCAGGCCCAAUCUGGUGCCUCCCUACGCCACCAUUCUGCAGGUAAUCCAAUCCGCCCUGAACGACACCACCGAGAAUCUAAACAAGAGCAAGGCCAUGGCGAAACAAAUCCUAAAUGAAUCCACCGGGAACUCGAACCGAACCACGGCCGCCAACACCUGCCUCGAAAUGGUUCGCUACUCCGUCUACCGGAUCCAGCAGUCGGCCCUCGCCCUGCACAAUGCCUUGCUUAAGGACGCGCGGGCGUGGUUGAGCGCGGCGCUGGCACACCAGUACUCGUGCUGGUCCACCCUCAAGUACGUGAAUGAGACAGAAUCAGUGGCCAAGGCAAUGGAGUUCCUCAACGAGACCUUGAUCCCAGGCACGAGCAGCACGCUGGGCAUGAUGGUCAAUUACGAUGUCUACGGUUCGAGUACCAUGCGGUGGGGCCCGCCCAAGACCGAGAGGAAUAGGUUUUGGGAACAUGUUGCUGCUUCUGGUGGUGGUGGUGCUGUAUGGAAGUGCGGCGUGCCUGUAGGGCUGAAGCCUGACGUGACCGUGUGUGCAAAGGGAUGCGACUACAGCAAGGUGCAGAAGGCAGUGGAUGGUGCCCCGGAAAAUCUGGGGCUGGGAAAGAGGUUCGUCAUCUGGAUCAAGACGGGGGUUUAUCCGGAAAUAGUGCGGGUCCCGCUGGAGAAGAAGAACCUGGUGUUCUUGGGGGAUGGCAUGGGUAAGACGGUCAUCACAGGGUCCAGAAUGGUGGGUCAGCCAGAUGUCACAACAUACAAUUCCCCUACUCUCGCGGUGGCGGGUGAUGGAUUCAUGGCGAAGAAGAUCACAAUACGGAACACGGCAGGCCCCAUCGCCCACCAAGCAGUGGCCUUCCGGUCGGACAGCGACCACUCGGUCCUCCAAGAAUGUGAGUUCAUCGGGCACCAAGACACGCUGUACGCCAGCACCCUCCGCCAAUACUACAACAACUGCACCAUCCAGGGAAACGUGGACUUCAUAUUUGGAAACUCAGCUGCUGUCUUUGAGGAAUGCACCAUCCUCGUCAACCCCCGCCAAGACAAUGCUACCAAGAGCCAGCAGAAUCCUGUAGCGGCACAUGGCAGGACUGACCCGGGCCAGUUGACCGGGUUUGUCUUCCUCCGCUCACUCAUAAAUGGUACCGCGGAGUACAUGGACCUGUUCCGCCACAACCCCAACACACUUAGUGCGUACUUGGCCCGGCCGUGGAAGGAGUACUCCAGGGUGGUCUUCAUCGAGUGCACGCUCGAGUCCCUAAUUUCAAGCAAGGGAUUUAUGCCAUGGGACAACACCACUUUUGCAUUGGACACAUUGUACUUCGCCGAGUAUGAAAACCAAGGGCCCGGACGGGAAACCAAGCAACGGGUGCCCUGGAGUAUGGAGAUCCCGCCCAAGCACGUCUCCUAUUACGAGCCUAAGAAUUUUAUCCAAGCAGAUUGUUGA